AUACUAUCAACCUUGGUUUUGCUGAAAAAAAUUACUGAUGCACAUAAACAUAAAAAAUAUUUACACUAGAAUAUUUUUAUGUACCUACAUCAAUUCUCAUUUCAUCUCGUCUAAUACUACUCAAUAAAUUGAAACAAAUAAAACUCGUCGUAAUUUAAACAUACGUAAAAUUUUUUCAUGUUUUGAACCAUGUUACUGAAUUGCUUUAUGCUGUUUGAUUCGAAAAACAUAAAAAAUUGAUGGAAUGACCGCGCCGAAGUUGCCUGAUAACGAUGAAUGUUUAUGCUUCGUCACUUGUGAACGUUUUUCAUUAAUUAAUUCAUGGACUUUAUCAAUGUUUCAUUUUUUUAUAAUAGCUUUAUACUAUCGCAUAAAAAGACACUUGUGGAUAAUUUAUCUUAUGCUGUAUGGUUUAAGUUGUUUCUUUUUUUUCAGUCACCCUUCUCAUGGAAUUCAGAUUUAAAACUAAAACAAUGCGAUUAAAAAAGCGGCAAAAAUCACCAAACUGCGCAUGCGGCUUUGUCAAUGUCAAAUGUGCACACAAUGGUGACAUUUGUCACUGAUGUUGUGAAACGUUGCUUCCAACAUUUCGGAUGGUACCAACAUCAUUUUCAGCUCAUCACAGCUACAGGAUUCCUCCCUUAAGGCACCUGGCUCUUCUGCAUGCUUCAUUCUUUUAGACUACCCACAUAACAAAGCACACACACCAUUGCGAUGAGACGAAUUUUUGCAAAACCUUGUGCUAUUUAUUUUGGGGCCAUUUAAUCUCAACCUUCACCUUAACCAAUGCGGUCCCUCUGCCCCAUUGCAUGGCGCGCGGUUGUUAUCUCCCUGAUGGUGUAAUUUCUAGAUGUCUUGUUCUUCACACUGUGUUGCGAUCGGUUCAUUAAAUUCGUACGUUCGUUUACUUGCUUGUUAGUUUGUGUCCUUUGAUGUUUUGUUUUGAUUUUUCGACCAACGGCACUGACACGGAAGACGCGAGCUCACUCGUGAUCGAACUACGCGGGUUUAGUGACCAACAAUUGCUCGUAGUAGCGGUCAUCUGAAGUGUCAAUUCAUGUGGUCAAAACCGGAUUUUGGAAACAUGUCGUGUGUACAGUGAGUUGCAAAGUAAUACGUGUAAAAUAUCGAGCAAAAUUAAGUGAAAACCCGCUUGUCUAAAAAGAUCCAUUGCACGAUCAUACCUGCCGAACUCGUCAGAUCGUUCAACGGCACUCAAUUAGCUUGAUCCUGCUGACCUCUGUGAGUUCUGAUUUGAACAUUCGCAUUAGGUGUUUAUUCCCUCGUGAGAAAGUCGCUUUCGAUUUCCUUCGUCACCCAAUCGAAUCCUGAGACUUUAGUUUCUUGUGUUCUGCGACAUCUUUUACUCACACACACACUACAAAAAGCUAAAAAAUACUAUUGCUUGCAUUCCUCCCAAUUGUGUUAAACCGUGUACGUGCCUCAAAAAUGAGAAAAAGAUUAGCUAAAGCGUGUAAUGCUGCAUAAUCGUCACGUUUCGCUAAUCAGCCCUGUGUGACGUCGGUGAGUGAACGGCGACAGAUGCACGCUGGUGCAAGCGAGAUUUGACAUCGGUGUGGUAAAUUCCUACGGUAAGGUUCCUGCAUCCCCUUCGGCAUACUAUCAACACAACGUUCGCCCUUUUGGCCCCCUUUGUUGGUGUAUGAUCAAACGCGAUCUAGUGGCGUGACGUGUUGUUUAUACAAUUGUCUCGCUUGUAUGCGUGAGCGUGCCGUGUGGUGUAGUUGAAUUUUGGUAGCCACGGCGGCGCACUGCGAGUUGUGGCAAGAAUUUGAUUGCGAGUGAUACACAGAACGAAGUGAUGCUGACCCAGGCCACUGUCAAUGGUAGUGAAACGUCAUCAAGCGUGAACAACGCCAACACUAUCACUACUACGACAUGUGGUGAGAUGAGUACAGCCGUACCGGGCAGCGAUGGAAACGGUUCGGUGGAAGUGAUAAGCCGCGGAAGGAUGCGAUGCAUGGCGACUAGUAUGAUCUGCCAGCGGUAUCAUCACUUGCAACUGCAAGCUUUUUGUUUAAGAGCCAAAAGCGCGGAACGAUCAGAAGUAUGGAGCCGCGGUUUCAUCGGACGCCUCAGCAACUCACUCGGUCUGGGCGGGAAGGCUGGGGGACGGUCCGGGAAGCUCUCGAUGCUAGCCUCAGCUGCGGAGAAAAACAGCUGGGAAGAGUGUACCACCGGAAGUGCCGUAUACGCUGUCCAAGGACGUCGGGCCAAGAUGGAAGACAGAUUUGUGAUAAGUGAAAAUAUCAACAGCAGCGGCAUUUCCCUAUUUGCAAUCUUCGAUGGACACGGUGGUGAAUAUGCGGCCGAAUACGCCAAGAACGUGCUGAUAAAGAACAUUCACCAGAAGCUAAUGCAAUCAUCGGCGAUUGCGGACGGAAAGGAACCACCAGCACCAAAGCCGGGCCUUUGUGGUGAUGUUCAGGAAGAAAAGGAUGACGACGAGAAGGACACAGAGAAGGGGUCGGACAAGGAGCUGGAAGUAAAUGAACGGUACAAGCUAAAUGCGCACAACGGUAAUAAUGAUGCUUCGGCAACCGUUCAACGGCGGCAAAGCUUUCGCAAAUCAAAGACUGAGGACACGGUCGGUACCGGCGGUGGAGCAGGAGUCGGAGCAGCAGCAGGAACCAAUGGAGGCGGCGGUGCAGCAGCCAGCAGUAAUCAGAUGCUGGAGAAUGAUCUACUGAGCAAGUACAUGGGCAAUCAAUCGCCGGCGAGACAACAGGUGAAGAAGAACCUGCUAAAUGGCACAUCAGGCAAUGGUCCUGCUCCGGUGAAACCCAAAACAUACGAUGCACGGUGCUACGUACAAAAUGGAAGCAUUAACUUCGGCAAGAUCAUUACUGACGAGGUGCUGGCAGCUGAUUAUGAUCUUGUUGAGGCGGCGAAAAAACUGGCGGAUUUUGCCGGAACGACUGCCCUCAUUGCCGUCAUUCAUCGCAGCAAGCUGAUAGUGGCCAACGUAGGAGAUUCGCGUGGAGUAAUGUGUGAUUACAAGGGGAAUGCGAUCCCAUUGUCUUUCGAUCACAAACCGCAACAGGUACGGGAGCAGAAGCGCAUUGCCGAUGCCGGUGGAUUCAUCGCGUUUAAGGGUGUGUGGCGAGUGGCAGGCAUAUUGGCCACAUCACGCGCCCUUGGAGACUAUCCGCUGAAGGAGAAAAAUCUGGUCAUUGCAAACCCGGACGUGCUUUCGUUCGAUUUAAUCGAUCACAGGCCCCAAUUUCUGAUCCUUGCGUCCGAUGGGCUUUGGGAUACGUUUACGAACGAGGAAGCGGUUGCAUUCGUGCGUGAACGGUUGGAUGAACCGCACUUUGGAGCGAAAAGUAUCGCCCUUCAAUCGUACAACCGUGGUUCGGUGGACAACAUAACGGUGCUUGUGAUUGUGCUCAAGAACGGUCGGUACGAGAUUGGAUCAUCGAGUAACUAGGCAGGAGUCAUCUACAGUUGAGCACACAACACAACCGUUUUGAACUCAGUUCAAACACAUCUAACCUACUUGUUAUACUAUUUUAUUGCAUUAUUUUAACCUGUUAAACCCAACCGGUGGUUAUCUCACAUUUUCGUUUAUAUGCAAAGAUCUCUUUUAUUUCAAGUUUUCCCUGAUCUUUGCAAUCAUGAGCCAACCGUAAAGAUCAUUGAUCACUGCUGUAUUCUGUUUCACUUUUAUGCGUUUAAUUUUGUUAAUAUUAUCACCGUGGAGGUUUACAUACCUUACGGAAUGCUCCGCCCAAAGAAGAAAUUAAAAUACACACCGUUUUGAUGAGUAAGGAAGGGAAAGUGAAAGGGAAGAACUGGAGAAGUUGUUAGUCGAUUUAAUUGCUUUUAUGAUUACGCUUAGAUGCGCUGUAAGCUAUCCUUUACACUGUGGUAAAACAAAAGGGGGGCAGCAAAAGACGACAGCUAAACAUACGAACAAAAUAGACGGUAGUAGUUUAGUGUAUAAUUCAAUUAUGGUAAAUCAAUACAUUUACUGCAUGACACAUAGGGCACAUCUUUCGAUAUUGUGGUGUUUUGAUUGCACUGUAUUUCUAUCUACUGAUUUGGUCCUGUACCACUAGCGAGUGCAUCCAUCCGUAGAUGAGUGUAUGGGCAUUUGCAGCGUAUUAUUCAAAACGAUACGUAACCACGAUAGUAUAAGAGGUAGCGUAAAGAGAUUGGGAAAGUACACCUCCCUUUCGAUGGUAUGAUUUCAAUAGAAAAAGAAAAGAUUUCGUUAAUCGUUUUUGUUAUACCUAAUACGAUCGAUUUUUGGUACAAAUGUUUUUGCUUUUGGGAUGAAAUUAUCCAAACUGAGAAAGAUAUUUGCUCAAAAAGGGGGUAGGAAAUUUUUUAAUAAAUUACACACCAGACUAGUUUUAGGGAAUGAAUAAAUACUUUUGCAGUGAAAUGUUAUUCGAGCUUAUGCAUUAAGAAAGCGAACUACACAUUCUUAUGAUGAUUUGGUACACCUGGUGGUUGGUGCCUCCAGUUUGCAAAAAAAAAACCAGGGAGAAAAAGUUAGGGCGUUAGGGUCGCUAGUGGUGCCAAAUGAAGAACACAAAACGAAUAACUGAUAGUAUCUAGACAGAACUACUUCUCUACUGCAGCUAUCAAAAUUGGGCAUCGAUUUCUGGUGCAACAUUUGUAAUUUAGAAAAUUAAGGCAACACAUGAGCGAAGAAGCUCUUUAAUGCUUUACAAUCAGUUUAGGGAAAAUUCUGUCCAGCCAGAAUACUAGUGAAUGUUAGCGAACGAACGAACUUACUAACAAUUAAGCGUAACGGAACGGAACUGAAAGUAGCAAGUGUGUCUGUGUGGAAACAUCGUUAACAUUAACGAGGAUCGAAUUAUUGUAUCAAUUUGUACGCUGUUUCUCUUUUUGCCUGCUCCUGCAUUCUCGACAUCUGUCCUUAAUCUCUACUUUCUUAACACGCCUUAACUCCACUAUAGAAAGACAAAACUUGGAUCAGUAGCAGAGUAGUCGUAUGUCGUAUAGAUGCGGUUGAAAGAAUAAGACACCCAAACACUGAACCACACACGAAGCAUUUGUUUCGAUUUCGUGCAAGUGUACAUAUCAUUCGAGGAGCAGAAUGAAUCAGAAUCUUGAAAUAAAACCUCACCAAUAAAACUCCUUUCGAAGGCUUCAAUAAACAAGAUCCUAUCGAUCAGCAAUCAUUCAAAGUA